AUGGCUGGGCCUCAAGAUUACUCGUACGGUAAUCAGCAGCAGCAAUACCAACAACAAUAUCAACAAUACCCGCCUCAUCAGCAACAAUAUCCACCGCAGUACAAUGCGCCGCCGCCCACAUACGCGUACUACCAAACCCAGCAGCCAUAUCAGCGAUCUCCACGUCAAAACUGGGCUGUUACCACAGCGCGAUCUUUCAACAUUGCUGUUCCGGUAGUCAUUAUUAUCUUGAGCAUUUGGUGGUCAAUCAGGUCACAGACAUGUCCUGAUAAUGCAUCAUCCAUUGGGCACCCAUGUUCUUGGCGACUCUGGGCUGCUCUCCCAGUUGCAUGCGUGGCGGCCAUUUGGUCGGUCGUGAUGAACAUUUCUGCGCGUCGUGCAACGCACUCAAUGUCCUCCGUUCCUCCAACUGUUAAUGCGGUCAUGGAGCUCAUUAUCGCGCUCGGCGCGACGGCGUGCUUUGCCAUUCUUAUUUACCACAUCGAGAACUACCAAGUCUGGGGGAGAACUUCUGAAUCUAUCAUGAUCGCUUUGCUGGUGAUACUAGCCCUUGUUAACUAUAUUCUCUUUGCAUGGACGGUUUACGAGACGAGGUUUCAUCGAAAGCAGAGGCAGAAUGCGAACAGUCAGAUUCCCAUCUGA